CUUCUGUUUUCUUCGAUUUUGGGAAUAGAGGGAAACGCAGAAGUUGCUGCUGCAGAGCACCGUUUAUAUUCCGAUUCUAUUGACAAUCAUCUACCCUCGCUUUUCUCCCAUUAUCUCCCCUAUGUCUCUUCUUUCUCAUUCUCCUAUCUCCUCUACUUCGUGGAAAUGGAAGGAUGUACGGUUGAGCCCUUCAUCAUUCUCGGGGCGAUGGAAAGGUAUAAGCAAAAGCAAUUGUUCUCAAUUUGGUUUUACCGGUGCUCAUUCUCAUAAAAGUGGGGUUCGAGCGUUGUUAUUCAAUCCUUUUGAAGACCCCAUUCUCAAAGAAGCUGUCAAGGAACCAGUAGCCUUCAUGGGUGGCAUUUUUGCGGGUAUCCUGAGACUAGAUCUGGAAGAAGAGCCUCUCAAGGAAUGGGUUACAAGGACUGUUGAAGCUGCUGGUAUCAGUGAAGAUGAAGUUGAUACCGAAAGGUCAAAAACUGAGGCAGCUCCUCAGCAGAUUGAGAUUGAAUAACCAUUUCUCUAUACAAUGUUUGAAGACAUUAGCAUAGCGACCUGUUUGCCUAUACUUCCAUGGAAAAAAAAAAAAUUGAAUCAAUCAGUUGUGAGUUACAACUUAUGAUCCACUUGUUACUUAUAUGACAGAGCAGCUUAGAGUCCAUCUUUCUAUUUCCUUGCUCUGCUUGGAAUCACGGAUUGUACCUCUAUUGACAUUGCUAGCUUGAUUCCAUCCUCAGGCUAACCGUUUUUUCCAAGACAAGGAUCAAAUCAAUAUACCAAAUCUGCAUAAUAA